ACUGAUUUAGUCUACUUGCACUAAAAAGCGCACGUUUUUUAAUGUGUUUGAUUUAUCGAUUUUGUGCCAGUUGGAGCACUAUUAAGCAAGCUUCACCAAACCCAUGUUUGUUUUUGAUGUUUGAAUGAAAGUUGGGUCUGUUUUCUUUUUCUCUCCUCAAUAAAUAACAACGUCUCCUGUCUAAUGUCUAAAAUUGAGACAAAAAUAACAAAUAUUAAUCAACAGGAGCUUUUAAUACUUAUACAUAUAUAUCAUAAAAUAAAAAAAGGAGCCAGUGCUUCUAAACAAAAAAACAUUGUGGUUUCCUGGUUAGAGAAAUGCUUCACAAUUUCUCACGUUCCUUGGUUGCUUUCUGUUGGUUUUCUUUCAACGCACAUUUGCCAUCCAAAGCAGUGAGGUGGGCUCCUGGUUUUGGCAUCGUGACAUGUUUCUGUUACCACGACAAUGACACGUUUCAUCGAGCUGAACGAAUAAUAUUGAAGGUAUUGCAGGUGUUACGUUUCAUCUAAUUUUCCACUUUGCUUUCUAACCACACCCAGAGAUCGUUGAUCAGGUAGCACAGGUUUUUAUCGAUGAGCUGCAGUUCUUAUACAUCCUUGUGGAUAUUAAAACAUCCCUCGCUCUUUAAAUAUCCUAUUUAAAUUUGCAAUUUUUUAAACUACAGGCCAAUCCGCUUUUCCCUUACGAUGGCGCUGUUUCACAUCUCAUUACUAAAAUGGUUAUUACGUAAAAUAUUCAUAAACGUAUAGAUUUAUAACAAUUCUUUUAUUUGUGUUUGGAAGCAGCUACAGCAGCCCGUCAAGACAUGAAAAUAGUGAUGUGUAAAACGCGUACUGGUUUUUUUUUUUACAUAGAAAUUUAUUUAAAGGCAUAUUGUAACCUUUUACCUCUGUAUAAGCAACCGCAAAAUUCUUCUUUAAGCGCACAAGACCUUUUAUUAUUGCAGACAAACCUCACUCUGUGAGAGCGAUGGCCCACUUAAGCCAGUCAGAUGUGUUUCCGACCAUUAGAAGUUUUUAAAAAGUUUAUCACUAAGAUUACAGGUUAGAUGAGAGCAGACUCACACCCUCAUAGCGCUGAACGGUUCCUUCAGAGUGUGCAAACAAGGACAGGUAAGCAAAGUUACUGCAGCUCUAACACAGAAACAGAUUAUUUUUGGGACCCGCCCCAUGAGGGGAGAUCUACGUGUUGCUUCUCUUUAACGCCGAGCAUCGACCCGACCGGCCAGUCUCUUUAUCCCACCGGGAUAAACAAGAAAGUUUAUCCGAGAUGUCUUGUUUUCAUAAACGGCCAAAAAGGACAAAAUCCGAGGAACAAGCAUUUCUGGAACACCUGAAAAAAGUUGCGAAGGAGAACGGAAAACGCCUGGGUUUGGAGGGAGAUUCAGAUCUCCAGUUCUUGUUGUUGGGAGGAAAACUGGUCAAGGUUCGCUCAAAAUCCUGGAAGCAUGGCCGCUACUUCAAACUGGAGGAAGACUGCCAGACCUUUUCGCAUGAGUCGAAAAAAGCAUUCAAGCAAAACCACACCUUCUCCAUUGAUGACAUUGAAUCGGUUCGAAAGGGCCGCCACUCUGAGGGCCUUAAAAAAUACACCGAUGCCAGCGUUGAAGACCUCUGCUUCUCCAUCAUGUUCAAGGGGCGCAAGAAGAAUCUCGACCUGAUGGCAGAAUCUCCGGAAGAUGUAAAUAAGUGGGUCAGCAGCCUGGAGAAGGUCAUCAACAACAUGCACAACCUCAGUAACCAGAAGAAGAGCGAACACUGGAUAUUCAGCUGCAUACGUAAGGCUGACAAGAAUGGCGACAACAUGAUGACACUAAAGGAGGUGAAACACUUCUUGAGGCAGAUCAAUAUUGAGGUUGAUGAUUCUUACGCAGCGGACCUUUUUAAGAAAUGUGACACAUCCAAUUCAGGCACCCUGGAAGGCGAAGAGAUCAAGCAAUUCUACGACAUGCUGACACACCGUGAGGAGAUUGAUGUCAUUUAUGGGAAAUAUGCUCAAACAGAGGGUCAGAUGAGCGACAGAGACCUGCUGAACUUUCUGCUGAACGAGCAGCGGGAGCAGGCGACCGCAGAGGACGCCCACAGGCUGAUUGAGAAAUAUGAACUGGAUAAAACAGCAAAGCAGAACAAUUGCAUGACCAAAGAUGGCUUCCUGAUGUACCUGCAGCAGGACGACGGCUGUAUUUUGAACCCAGCCCACAGAUCUGUGUAUCAGGACAUGAACCAGCCCCUCAACCAUUACUACAUCUCCUCCUCACACAACACAUACCUGAUGGCAGACCAACUCAAAGGGCCAAGCAGCACAGAAGCCUACAUAAAAGCGCUGAUGAAGAGUUGCCGAUGCGUGGAGCUGGACUGUUGGGACGGGCCUAAUGGAGAACCUGUUAUUUACCAUGGCCAUACGCUCACAUCCAAAGUGCUCUUCAAAGAUGUUAUCAAAGCCAUCAAAGACUACGCCUUCAAAACUUCCCAGUACCCAGUGAUUCUGUCUCUGGAGAACCAUUGUACAGUUGAGCAACAGAAGCUUAUGGCCCGUCAUUUGGUCUUCUUCCUGGGUGACGCUCUGGUCAAAAAGCCUCUGGGUGACACCAUGCCAACUAACUUCCCAUCACCUGAGGCACUUAAGGGAAAGUUCCUCAUCAAGGGAAAACGACUGAACAAACUGGAUUCGAUCUUCACCAAUAACAACGUGAUAGAGGAUGGCACCGUGUCUGAGGAGGACGAAGCUGCAGAGUGUAAGGAGAAUAGCCAGAAAGAAAAACCAAAGAAAUCAAAUAUCAAACUCGACAAAGAGCUCUCAGACAUCGUCAUCUACUGUAAGAGCGUGCACUUUAACAGCUUUGAACACGCCAGAGAAAACCAGGCCUUCUAUGAAAUGUCGUCCUUCAAGGAGAGUAAAGCAUUCAACCUGGCUGAGACCUCAGCUACUGCCUUCAUGCACCACAACAUGGACAAACUCAGCAGGAUCUACCCUGCUGGCUCCAGAACCGACUCCUCCAACUAUAAUCCGGUGCCCAUGUGGAACGUUGGCUGCCAGAUAGUGGCGUUGAACUUCCAGACUAACUCCAAGGAGAUGCACUUAAACCAGGGACGGUUUCUGAUUAACGGCUUCUGUGGCUACAUCCUGAAACCUGAAUUUCAGAGAAACCUGUCCUCUCAGUUUAACCCCAACGCACUUACCGAAGGGUCGUGGCUGAAGAAGAAGAUCUUUCAUGUCAUGGUGAUCUCAGCUCAGCAGUUACCUAAAAUCAACAAGGAAAAGCAAAAAUCCAUUGUAGACCCUCUGGUCAAGGUGGAGAUCCAUGGUGUCCAGGCAGACAAUGCCAGCAAGGAAACACAUCACAUUGAAAAUAAUGGAUUCAAGCCUAUGUGGAAUAAGAAAUUCCAGUUUGACAUCAGUGUGCCAGAGCUGGCCUUGGUGCGAUUUCUGUUGGAGGACCACGACACAGCAUCGCAGAACGAUUUUAUCGGGCAGUACUGUCUGCCACUCACCAGCAUACAGAACGGAUAUCGCCAUGUCCCGGUGCUCAACAAGAGAGGGGACAACAUUUCUUCUGCCAGUCUGUUUGUGCACCUCAUGCUCCUGGAUGCCCCGUAGGCCUGUUUGCAAAAAGAAAACCAAACCAACUUCACGUCUUUUGUAAAUUCUAAUGGAAUUUAAAACCCAGAUUUUAAAGCUAAAUAACUUGACUCUAGUUUUCGUUUUGUUUUUUCACAUACCACAGCUGCUGACUCACAAGUGUGUGACACUUUUAGAUCAUUGUAUAAUUUUAGCUUUUUAAAAGCCGGUUUGGUGGAGAGCCUUUAAAGUGACAAAGAAAGAAUGAAGUGAAUGAGAGGAAAAGUAGCCAACUACAUUCACCAUUCUCUGGAGAAGUUUAAUAAUUAAUGUGCAUUAUUAUGUGAGUUUUGUGUGAAUCCCACCUGAAAUAUACUAGAUUCUCAGCAGCUUUACGGGAUAGUCUUAUGAGACUUGAUUUAAACUUUGUCCAUCUUGAUGCCAUAAGAGUGAUAAUGACAAUGUUGAUAGCAAGUGACAUAGUAUGUCUGUGUGCGUCUGUCCUUUCAUUAUGAAUGCAUUAUGAAUGCUCCCAGCAUUGUAUAUAGAAGAUUUUCAAGAUGGUGCCUGAAACAAGUUCUAAUAUUUUGUGUCAUGGUUUAUUUGUGUCUUCCAUUGCUCUACAGCAUUUUUACAGUUCACACAUUUUUGCACUAGCUCUUGAAUUAAACCACUCCCCGAA